GCGAUUCUGUCAGCGUCGAGUUUCGGGUGUGUGCGUGUGCAAAAUAUUGGUUGAAAAAUUUUGUUUCUUUAGUUUUUGGAUAAUAAAACCGAUUCCACAAAACUAAAAUGUACUUUCAACUAAAGAACGGUUCGAAAUCGUGCAAUGAAAUAUAUAAGUCAUCUGCGUCUGAAAAUCAGUGCAGACAAUAAAAAACCAAAUCAACGUAUCCGAAAUAUUUAUGUUUUUAUUCAAGAGUGAAAGGUGCAUCAAGUCACUUAAUGAGUGUGCAUUACGAUAAGUAUUAGUGCAAACAAUUUCAAAUGUAGUAAAAGUCCAAAAAAAUACUAAUAUAAUCAAAAUCAGCUUAAAAGCGCAAAGGAAGCGACUCUUAAGAAUAUUUGUAAACGGCAGCAAAACCCCUUUGGCCACAAUGAAGUCGAGGGAAAGUACUGGAGAUGCCGCGUUUUACUACGCUGUUUUGCUAACAGUGAAUGUAACAUUGACGGCAAUGGUGCUAAUGGCGGCGUGUCUCUGGUGCAGGCGACAACCUACAAAAGAUGAGCUGGGAGGAUUAGAAGGAAUGGUCAAAAUGACUAACCCAGAUGACAUAAUCGAAGUUAAGGUGUUAGCAAGUUGUGAAUCACAAACGGACUUAAAUACUUCUGCUGUUUCAACCACUGAUUCAGAAAAACGAGCAAGUACUGCAGCUCAUCGAAGUCUACCGGACAUACCAAUUGUAGAAGGUAAUGGCGACAACGGAUCUGAACUCUAUGAGACUGUGGCGGAUAAGAACCAUUUGGUUGAGGAAAACGACCAAAACCAUAGUCCUGCACCGAGUUUGAAGAAACAAAUAAGCGUAUCUCAGCACAGUUCCAUAAGCCAAGCAGAUGACAUUAGUUCACCCUAUUCAAGGGUUAGGAAUCCGCCCCAUGACUAUGCUAAAGUUCGCAAUGCGGAACACCCCUAUGCCCAGGUAAACCCUCCGUCAACUUCCGCAGCAGCCGCUGCAGCUGCCAUAGUAGCUGCUGGUAACAGUAAUAGUAACGCCAUUCACAGUAGUCAGCCUCCUCAGCUAAAUGGCACAGUUUCGCGUAACUCAAAUCACAGCAGUGCUUCACAAAAUCUUAACGAUUCAAUAUCGCACGCUGAAAUUCCAGCUGCCUCGGCUAUCGCAGGCAUGAUCUCAGCGAGUCAAGAUCUUCCUUAUAUGACACCGCCCAUAAUAAGUCAACACUUUAGUGGUGAUUCCCAAGAUUCUUCAAAAGGUUAUACUAGUAUCAGCGUUCGAGAGCCUCUAGCCAAUAUUCUAGCUCAGCAACCUCCAAAACAAUCCCAGCGAGUAGCAGCUUUGACCCGUGAAACAAAUGAUUCGCACUAUGCAACAGUGUCAGACGAUUCAGAUGAAACUUAUGCUGCAAUCGAAGAUCCGAAUAUUCGCAGCAAUCCAAAUGUCCUGACUGACAUUUACACAAGCGGCUCGGAGACAUAUGCACAAAUCCAGCCCAUGCAAACUAAUUCUAUGGUGGUAUCGGUGGAAAUCAAUAACAUUAGCAAUAACACAAAUCCGAAUUCUAAUAAAGCGGUUGUUAAAAAAGCACAAUCAACAGACAAUACAGCGAUGGCAGUAUCUGCAUCAAACCACCAUAAUCAACAAACCACAUUUGGUAGUCAGAGCCAUUCUAGGCCUAUUUCUGAACACGUUACCCCGAUACCACCACCUAUAGACAGCUUACGCACACAAAAGCACUCCAGACAGGCGUCCUCGUCAUCAAACAACAGUUCUUCGAUUUGUACAUUAGGUUCACCAAAACCAGAAAAACGCCAAGCCAACUCUCCGCUGCCACCAACUCCCAAAUCGAACAUCACCUCGGGUCGAAGUUCGGUUAUAUCUGUCAUUGAAUGUGGCGGCGGUACUGGAGAAUUAAAUUUAAGUGGAAUUUUAACAGCGGUUUCGAAUACAAUAGUCCCCACUUCAACAGGAUCAACUAAUGCAGUCGACAGCUCACCGCAAAAGAAUAAAACCAAAAGUCUAAGUCCGUCCAAAGAUAUCGAAGGAAUGUACGCUAAGGUGAUGAAGAAGAACAAAUUGUCGCAUCACUCAACUUCCUCUCAGAACAGCUCUCCUGUAAUGGCCCGCAAAGGUGGUGAUCACCUCGGAAUUAGUCCACUAGACAUGGCUGCAGCAGAGCUUAUGGAAUUGAAUCGUGCUAAUGUAUUUUCAAUUCAAAAUGCCUCCGGCGAUAAAAGUCGCAUCCGCAGCAACAGUUAUGGUGCCAAGGAUCAUGGAUAUGAAACAAUACCUGCGGAUGGGCUACACCGAGCAUCAGCUUUAGAAAAUCGAAAAUCGGAUUGUUAUAGCAGUAUAUUGCAUAAAGAACGGCCAAAAGAGAUGUUACAAAUGACCAAUCCGCCUUCAGCAAAAAUAAAACCACCGAUAGAGUCAGACAUAAGUAGUGACAAACAUUAUGAGACUAUUGCCGUGCCGCUUGAUACAACGAACAACAGCGAUCCCGGCUAUGAAACGUUACAGAAGCCGGCUAAACUAAAUCAUUCCGAAGUAGAUAAAGGGAAGAAAUUUUCUGACUAUGAUCCCAAUUACGAAGUGCUUGAAGGACCGAAGUCUACUGGGCUCUCCGAUGAUGGCUAUGCUAAAAUUAACGAAAGAAAGUCCUUGGCCGUCGACGAAGAUUCUACAGAUGGCUAUAGCAAAGUUAAAGGUGAAGAAAUCGAAGAAGGAGCCACAGGUGGUUACAGUAUAAUUGCAACUGAUGCCAAUCACAACUAUGCCAGCAUCGCCGAAUCGAAAGCAGAAAUAAUUGGCGCCACCCCAGAUACCGAAGACUCCGAUCACUAUGCUCGCAUUGCUGAAGCGCCGCGAAUACCGCAAUCAGCCUCUGAACUGCCACUCAGUAAUAACCUGCAUUCGUCAAUGGGCACACUUGCUCAAAGCGUGAGUGUUAUUUCUAGUGGCACACAUGAUACUCUAGCGAUCACCUCACCUUCAUCGGUCAACUCAUCCUCAUUGCUAGCCAACAGCUCCACUUUGUCAUCCACCAAUGUGCUAACCGGCAGCGGUAGUGGCAGCACAGCCAGCUCGAUGAGUUCACGACAAACUCCAUCGACAUCUUCACAAUAUGAAUCGCUUACCGGCAGCGAAGCAGAUCCAAAUUACGAAACCGUCUGCUAUACAAAUACAGAAAAUGAAAACCCAUACGAGAGGCUACAGACCGAAUAUUCCGAUACACUCCUGAGCAGCAGUAGUCCCCUAACGCCAGAAGAGCUGCGUACACAAACACACAAUGCCACUGCAGGAAUAAACGAUGCCGGCAGUGCAAGCGCCUCGUCGACAGCAACAACAACAACAACAAACUCCGACAGGAUAGUGUUGUUAAAGUCAACAGCAAAUGGGCUUACGCCAAAAUCAGGACAUGAAAGACCAGCAGCAAAAGUGCAAAGUACCAGUGAACUGAAUUCCACAGAUGUAGUGGUCGAUGAUUACUUUCAAGUUUAGUAUUUUAAUUAGGGAUUAAUUGAGCUAAGAGCAAAAAUUUGGUAGUAACAAAUAAAUAUUAUUAUUAUACUUUGUUACGAUUAUAUGGAAGUGCUUCUAUUCUACCCGAACGCACUAAGUUCUUCCAAGUAGAUGUGACAGCAAAGCUGAUGCUACUGCCCUUUGCAAUUCAUACAUUUGUUUGUUGUUUUAGUGCGAGUAAAUGCCAGCAGUACAUAUCAUUGAGUAUGACGCCACAGUCUUUAAAUUUUUAUACUCUUUUAAAAGAUGACGGGGAAGAACCCUCUUCUAGCAUUCAACAACAAAUAAAUCGCACUUUGCGCAAUAUU